GAGCGAAGCGAGACACUGAGCCGAAUGCGUGGCGAACGUCCAAUACUCCUGCCCUCUCCUUUUGUCACGUCCAGGUUCUUAGCACGAAGAGAACAUAGACGCAACCCGGGCGGUAUAGAGACCGUCCACCAGUAUGUCGCGGAGUGAUGACGUGUGUAGUCGGCGACCUCCUUCCCGGCGUGUUUCCAGGAGGACAGGUCAGGGGCAUCGCUGCGUUCCCGGCUCUCAUUGCAUGAGAAUGCAUGAAGAUUCAAUGGCUUUAUUAUAGUGUUUGGAGACUGGGUGAAUUUUCAAGUCCUCCAACAAAUGAUCUCCAUUCAAUGUGCUAAGUGGAGACAGAAUGUCGUUACAUCUUAAGAUGAUCCAUAGACUCAACUUGAGCAAGACGUACCAAUGGAACAAAGCCAUUUGUCCUCUAUUGUAUCCCUUUUUUUACCAUCCCAUUUCACGGCUACAUGGCAUGCGUUAUAAAAGGCCUAGUGUUGCUCCGGAUAAUACUCCGUUUUGGAAGAAAAUGCAUUUUAACUUUGAAGAUGGAGUUAAGAACAUUAAGAAACACUUUGGUCUGCUGCUAAAAGAGGCGUCUAAUCAUCUCCGAGGGCCAGGUGGAAAAACGCUGCAACAAGACAUUUUGGAACAGACAAGUGUAAUGUGGGAGUUUAGAAAUUCUGACGAUUUACAGAAGUGGGUGGUGUCCUCAGACUUGGAGAUAGGUGGCAAGAGCAAGGCGUUCCUGAAACUUGGAAGCAACAGCCAGACAGCUCUGUUCUAUGGAGUCCUUAAUUCUGCAGUGCCGCGCGAUGGAGAAACCAAUUUCAGCGGAUAUUGUACGAUGAGAUCAACGCCUCCUAUGGGAGCAUUCAAUCGUAAGCUGAAUUAUGAUUGGUCAAACUUCAACAUGCUACACUUGAGGAUUCGUGGAGACGGGCGGCCUUGGAUGGUGAACAUACAGUCUGAGAUGUACUUUUCUCUGUCGUGGGACGAUAUGUACAAUUAUUUCAUAUACACUCGUGGAGGUCCAUACUGGCAGGAUAUUAAGAUUCCGUUGUCCAAGUUCUUCAUGACCAGCCGUGGAAGAGUUCAAGACAGACAAUAUCCACUAUGGCCGGAUAAGAUAACCACCCUUGGAUUUACACUGGCUGACAGAGCAGAUGGACCGUUUCAACUUGAAAUUGAUUUCAUUGGGUUGUGCAAGGAUCAAUCACAUACAGAGGAGUUUGCUUAUGAAUCAUACAAGAGCACACCUAUAUAAAAGUUUUCACUGUUUUUAUAUUAGAACUAUGGUCAUUCACUUUAAUAGAAUACACUUGUGGGAUUACAUGCGUACUCAUAAUAUAUUUGCCACCUUCCAAACUUUACAAGAUCAAAUAAAGAUAAAGCAGAAAAUCGCAGCUGAAA